UAUCAGUCGGAGUAUCGCGCAGUUAUCGAAUUGUAGCUCUUUGUGAAAGGAAAUAGGUCGGCGGCGGACUUGCACAGCGUAUUGUGUGUGUGAUCAGGUCUUGAUUUCGAAAGAACAGAGGAGAGAUAACUGACACUAGCACAAUGAAGAGUUUCCUCCCCUGUCUGGUGGUGGUUCUGGCGGCGGUUCCUCUCUACGCAGCUCCAAUGAAGCCACAGAAUAUGACCUACUACAUGGAAAAUGUUGGCAGUUAUCAAGGCAAAUGUUCAAGAAGAUGGACAUUGCCUGUCACAGGGGGAUAUAAGUACGAGUUGGUGUCCAAUGGCCGGGCCGUUGGUGGCAACUGCAGCACCACCGUGGUGCUCCAGAAGUCUUCAAAGUGUGUAGACAAGAUCUGCGUGAGAGUGGAUGAGUGGACCCUUGAUGCUGAUGUCAUGAAUAUCACCUUCACAGGGGAAAAAGAGACUAUCAUGAUGAAGUAUGGUGAUGAAAAGAUGACAGCAACAUGCUUUGAGGGCAUAACAGUGGAAAUUCAAGUGUUGGAGACUAAAACAUACACCAUGAAGUGGGCUGAUGGCAAAGUUCCAGAUAAACCCUACAGCUUUAAGUUUGCUCUGUACCCCGAAUGUCCAGGCUACCCUAAAGGGCUCGUAGAGGCUUCCAACAAGGAUUCCAUGGACUUCAGCAAAGCUGAUGAACUAGAGGCAGCAGGCACUAUGAACAUCGUCUACGGAGUCAUCGUUGCUAUCAUCAUCUGCUGCAUGUUCCUUGUCCUGCUCCUCAUCACCUACUGCUAUUACAAGAACAACCCCCAGGGACGCAAGAGGAGAAAUCAACCAAAAACAUCCAAACUUGAGGAAACCUUCAGCAAAGAGAAGAAGACAAUGGGAGAGCAGGUAGCCAAGGACAAACGUGUGGAGGGACAUUACAAGAAGACUGACGAUUCAGAGUUACAGCCCCUGGUUUCCUCCGCCGCCCCAGCUGCUGCCGCGGUGGUGACCCAGGAUGACCACGGUUCCCCCACCAUUAAGAUCAACGAGGAGCCGGCCGAGAAGGAGGAAAAAGAGGAGAAGGGCGAGGAGUAGAGAAAGGACCGUCAUCACCCUGAACCAUUCCUUCAGAUGAUUAUUCUGUCAUAAUUAAUAGAUUAAUUAAGGGUUUAUCAUAAUUAAUAGCUUAAUUAAGGGUUUAUCAUAAUGAAAGUUGAUUUAUUUUGUCAAAGAAAAUUGGGAUAUUUUUCUGAUAUACUGAUGCAACUCAUAAUUUUAAACUUGAUUUGUUUGCAUUGAUCAGGGGUUGUUCACUAGUGAUAUUCAUGAUAUUUUUUUUUUUUUUUUAGAAUUGUUGUUGAAGUUUUAAAUGAGUCAAUUAUUUUCCCCUGUAGUGAUAUUUUGAAAAUUGGCAUUUACAAAUUACAUUUUUAAUUAUAAUAUUUUAUAUAAUCAAGAUAGUUUGUUUUAAAAUGGAGGAUUUGAUAUCUAGUUUUUGUGUUCAGAAGAUUACUUGAAUGAGAGGUCUGUUUCAAACUUUGAGAAGUUACAAAUCACGAAGUGAUUAUAUUAAUGUAUACUCUGCUCAAGUACGCAUCAUUAAGAGUUACGUAUAUACAACUGUGUAUUCAGUCUCUGUUGAUCAGUUUCUUUGAUAUAUACAUUGUUAUUUUAACCAUUUUAUCUUUUAUGAAUUAAGUGAUUGUGAAAACACAACUUUUUACAAUAUGUCUGGUUGUAUUUUUAGAAGAAAAAAAAGUGAUAUAUUUUAUUCUUCACGCAUUUAAGGGGGAUAAUGUGCUUUUUUCAUACUAGCUCAGUGUGUACAGCAGGUUAUGGUAGAAUUUCAUCAAUGUUACUGGGUCUCAUAAGCAUUGUGGCAUUGUUUUCACAUAUACAAUGAAAUUCCUUGUAGAUUAGGUGCUCUAGAUAGGUUCCGUUGUUAACCUGAAUGAUAACUUACUCCUUUAUUAAAGUGUCUCUGUAUAGUGUGUGUAUGUGUGUGUUAGAUCCAUGUGUGGUUACAGUAUGUCUGUCUGUGAAGAUAGAAUAAACUAGGGCUGUCAACAGUGAGUCCAUGUAGCUGGGGGCGGGGAUUCAGAACCAAAUGAUUAUUUCCCAAAUUAAGAAAAAGAGAGCCCUUUGUUAACAUCUUCGCGUAUUCUGAUUUCUCUUAGCCAUUGAAAGAUAUUUUAAAAGUCACCUGGCAUUAUUUUAAAAAUAAUCAAGUUUAUAUUUUUGAUCACUGGUAAGUUGUGGCUGUUAUACAUAUUGUGGGCAAAAUACGUUAUUACUGUUAUCAGGAAAAAGCAAAUUUUUACUGUUUUUGUAAAACUUUGAUGCAAUACCACAUAUGAUUCAAUGAUACCCCCCCCCCCCCUCCUUUCCAUUUUGUAGACUGGUUGUGUAGAUAUUUAGAGUUUAUUUUUUUGCCUACUUGUGGUAUAUAGUAUACCUAGGUUGUAUCACCAGGUUGUGUCUGCCUGAACAUUUCCAUCCAUGCUUGAUUUAUAACGAGUACAAUUAUCAUAUAUAAUACAGAAUGUGCAAUCGGUUUUGGUCAGAUGUUUAUUUUUGUCAUCAGCACAUUUCAAGAAAGAUAACUCCUGCAACAUUAAGACAGUCAAUGUUUUUGAUAUAUUGUCUUUCGAUGCAAUUUUUGUAUGGUAUUUUCUUUUUACUAAAAUAUAUUGUUUUUAAAAAGGACUCCACAUAAAUCAACAUAUUUUCGGAGUAAAGUUAUUUUUGGUUUGUGUUUUACAUAAGAAAUCCAAUCUCUGUAAACAAAUUUCAUAUUUGUGAACUGGAAAUACUUUUGUCAACAAAAAGAAAAAAAUAUUGUUUUUAAUUUUUUUACCCUGGCAAAAUUGUGUCACAUUUGUGUACAUAACAUCUGACUGCAAGCGAAGUGGGUGCUUUUACACACUUGUAAUAAUAAAUUUUUGAUUUAAUCUCC